AUGGGAGCGGAAGAUUCGAAAGAUUUGGAUUACAUCCUGCCAAAUCGAAAGAGCUUUGACGCAUGCUCCUUGUUUACAGACGAGCAACUUUUCCAUUCGGGAUCGACGAAAAACUAUUGUAAUACUGAAGACAACGUCAACGGUGACAGCAACAACGAUGACAUCAAUAACGGCAGUGGCAGCUUCAUUGGAAAUAACAACAGCGACAACGCCAACGACAGCAGUAAUAAUGAGGAUAUCAACAGUAGCGGCAGCGAGCACAAUAACAGCAAUGGCAACGGCAACAGCAGUAUUGGCAACAAGCACGACAAUGGCAGCGGAAACUUCGAUGGGAACCACAGUAGCGACAAUGACAACAACAAGGGCUCGGGGGGACCAAUGGGUACCUCAAGAUUGUUAGCAGUUUGUGGACCGGUGAGUAUUGCAUUGUUGUUGACUUCCUUGUCAUGA